CAAAGCCUAGCUCUAGUUCCUUGUAACAAAAACUGAACUCAUCAGCCUGCAAGUACUUCCACUAAGUGAAGUUCAUGCACGUUAAAGGUCUCUGGCAGCCGCCUGAAACGUGUUUUGUAAUUGCCACUGAACUCCGAUAGUUUGUUUCCAGAUGGUGCCCUUCCUUCAACCUGCACACAAUCUCUCCUUGUUCCCAGCUAUUCAACCUCCUGCUGAUCCCACUACCCCCACCCUAUUUAAGGCUACAGAGAGGAAAUCCUAAGGAGGAGAUUUUCCCCCUAGUCUCCAGCAAUUUUGUUGGUGACGUAAUAUGUGGGCUGAACUUCAGUCCACUGAGAAAGAGGGAAUCACUAUUCAAGGGUACUGUAUAUACAAUCUGUGUCAGCUGCAGCUGGUUACCGCAUUUCUCCAUGUGGCAGACAGAGCAAAGCCACAAUGCUUUCUCCGCUGGAUUAAGGACAGCCCACAGACCAGAACUUCUACUAUACGACUUAAAAUUACAUAGGUGGCUUGUCAAACUCAAUUGAUUAGUACUGUAAAAAGAAAAAGAAGCCCCUUAUUACAGCUUGGAUUCAACGGUCCAAAACAAAAAUGCAGUUGCCAUUAAAGUCACAGAUGAACAAACUUCUAAACUGAUUUUUUAAAUCAAGAAUAAGGGCAGCAAGUCUCUGGAUUCGUUUUACCAACAGACACAAAAAGACGUCAUUGUACAACUUCAUUUCAAAAUGAAGGCUUUUAUCUGGACCGCAGGUGUGUUAAUUUUCCUGCUGAUUGGCACUGGACACUGUAGAGGAGGACAGUUCAAAAUAAAGAAAAUGACCCAGAGGAGAUACCCUCGUGCCACAGACGGCAAAGAGGAGGUGAAGAAAUGUUCAUACACGUUCCUGGUGCCCGAACAAAAAAUAACAGGGCCGAUCUGUGUCAACACCAAAGGGCAGGAUGCGGGCGCCAUGAAAGACAUGGUCACCAGGAUGGACCUUGAAAACCUGAAGGACGUGCUCUCCAGGCAGAAGCGGGAGAUAGACGUCCUGCAGCUGGUGGUGGACGUGGACGGCAACAUCGUCAAUGAGGUGAAGCUGCUCAGGAAAGAGAGCCGCAACAUGAACUCCCGCGUCACUCAGCUCUACAUGCAGCUGCUGCACGAGAUCAUCCGCAAGAGGGAUAACUCACUCGAGCUUUCCCAGCUGGAAAACAAAGUCCUCAAUGUCACCACCGAAAUGCUCAAGAUGGCAACCAGGUACAGAGAACUAGAGGUGAAAUACGCUUCUCUGACUGAUCUUGUCAAUAACCAGUCUGUGAUGAUCACUGUGCUGGAAGAACAGUGCUUGAGAAUAUUUUCCCGACAAGACACCCAUGUGUCUCCCCCUCUUGUCCAGGUGGUGCCACAACAUAUCCCUAACAGCCAUCAGUACACCCCUGGUCUGCUGGGAGGCAAUGAGAUACAGAGGGACCCAGGGUAUCCCAGAGAUUUAAUGCCACCACCUGACCUGGCGACUUCUCCCACCAAAAGCCCUUUCAAGAUGCCACCUGUAACAUUCAUCAAUGAAGGACCAUUCAAAGAUUGCCAGCAAGCCAAAGAAGCCGGGCACUCAAUCAGUGGGAUUUACCUGAUCAAACCUGAAAACAGCAAUGGACCAAUGCAGUUAUGGUGUGAAAACAGUCUGGACCCUGGGGGUUGGACCGUUAUUCAGAAAAGAAAAGAUGGCUCUGUCAACUUUUUCAGAAACUGGGAAAAUUAUAAGAAAGGGUUUGGAAACAUUGAUGGAGAAUAUUGGCUUGGAUUGGAAAAUAUCUACAUGCUUAGCAAUCAAGAUAAUUAUAAAUUGUUAAUUGAACUGGAAGACUGGAGUGAUAAAAAAGUCUACGCAGAAUACAGCAGCUUCCGUCUGGAGCCUGAAAGUGAAUACUACAGGCUACGGCUGGGCACGUACCAGGGAAACGCAGGGGAUUCUUUGAUGUGGCAUAACGGAAAACAAUUCACCACACUGGACAGAGAUAAAGAUGUGUAUACAGGAAACUGUGCUCACUUUCACAAAGGAGGCUGGUGGUACAACACCUGUGCACAUUCUAACCUAAACGGAGUAUGGUACCGAGGAGGCCAUUACAGAAGCAAGCACCAAGACGGAAUAUUCUGGGCUGAAUACAGAGGCGGGUCAUACUCCUUGAGAGCAGUACAGAUGAUGAUCAAACCUAUUGACUGAAGAGGGACAGUCUUUCAGGUUAAAUGGCAUAGAACUUUGUAUUUUUCUGUUCCUAGAAAUGUAAAUGUCACAUGUAUAUUACUUUGCACAUUUAUUUCUACAGUUUCCAAAAUGAAUUUUACAAUUCUACAAAAGGAAUCUGAGAAUGUAGUUCCAUCUUGCUUCAACAUACCACAGAAUACUAUUUGUAUCCAUAUCCUAGUUGAAAAAAAAUUACAUUGCCUGGGUAUAGACAACAUUUAUUUUCUAAAAUGUACAUAUUUGCCACAUGUAAAACAAAUCUUAGCUUUAUUUUAAGUCAAAAAUGAAUAUAUGUCUAAGAUACUUAACAAUUUAUUUAAAAACUAUGAAACUGCUCUGAUUUCCAACAAAAAACAAUUUUUAAGAUUUCAGUCAAGUAAGCCAUUUUAUUUAUAUAAAGACAGGAAAUUAGAGAGAAAUCUCUAGUUUUGCCAACAGAAAAUACAUUUUCCACUGAAUAAAGAUUAUUUCAAGUCAAA